UUAUGCGGCGGUGCACAGGCAGUGAAUAAUAUCCCCCCGACCGUUUGGUUUCUGCUGCCACGUGUCACCCCACACCUAUUUACUGACACUCGACCCCACACCACAGCCCACUAAUCAAAACACCCCUUUCUUCCUCCCUCCCUCUCUCUCUCUCUCUCCCCCAUCGCCGUCCCCCAUCGCAAGCACACAGCAUUCGUUCGACCAAUUACUGCGCAACCUCUGAAACACCGUUGCAGUCCUUUUUACACUCCACUUCGUUGCUUGCAAUCAACCAUCGACGCAUUCAACGCCGCUGGAUCAUCCGCCUCGUGAUUCCCGACCGACCAGAUUCCAUUGUUAGAUUACGAACGAUCGUCGAGAUCUGAGGGAGCUGUUGAAUCGAGAGGCAUCAGCUGCUAUGUCUGGUCCGCUGGAUCGCUUUGCGAGGCCUUGCUUUGAGGGGUCCUCUGCUAAUGAUGAAAGAAGAGAAAGAAAAUCUGAUUUUGAAAACUCAGAGGAUGAAAGAAAGACGAGAAUCGGUACACUGAAAAAGAAAGCAAUCAAUGCUUCAACAAAGUUCAAACAUUCUCUCAAGAAAAAGAACGGUAGACGAAAAAGUGAUGGUAGAAGGGUUAGCUCUGUUUCAAUAGAGGAUAUUCGGGACUCUGAUGAGCUACAGGCUGUUGAUGAAUUUAGGCAAACAUUAAUAUUGGAUGAAUUGCUACCUGGAAAACAUGAUGACUAUCAUAUGAUGUUAAGGUUCUUGAAAGCAAGGAAGUUUGAUAUUGAAAAGGCAAAGCACAUGUGGGCUGAUAUGAUUCAUUGGAGGAAAGACUUUGGUACUGACACUAUUAUGGAGGACUUUGAAUAUGAAGAGUUGAAUGAAGUUUUGAAGUACUAUCCACAUGGUAAUCAUGGUGUGGAUAAGGAUGGGCGACCUGUCUAUAUUGAAAGAUUGGGAAAAGUUGAUCCCAACAAACUUAUGCAAGUUACCACAAUGGACCGGUAUAUUAAAUACCAUGUCAGGGAGUUUGAGAAACUCUUUGCUGUUAAGUUUCCAGCUUGUACCGUAGCUGCAAAAAGGCACAUAGAUUCAAACACAACAAUCUUGGAUGUUCAAGGCGUGGGUUUGAAAAACUUCACCAAGAGUGCACGUGAUCUUAUAACGCGACUUCAGAAGAUUGAUGGCGACAAUUAUCCUGAAACACUCCACCAAAUGUUUAUCAUCAAUGCUGGUCCUGGUUUUAGGCUGUUGUGGAAUUCUGUAAAGUCUUUUCUAGAUCCCAGAACAACUUCCAAAAUUCACGUUCUUGGAUGCAAGUACCAGAACAAGUUGCUUGAGGUUAUUGAUGCCAGUGAGUUGCCUGAUUUCAUGGGGGGUACCUGUACGUGUGCUGAUCAAGGUGGUUGUCUUCAUUCUGAUAAAGGGCCUUGGAAAAACCCAGAGAUCUUGAAGAUGGUUGUUAGUGGUGAAGCACGGCGUGCUAGACAAGUAGUUAAAAUUCUGAAUAGUGAGGGGAAGGUGGUUUAUGCUAAGCCAAAUUACCCAAUGUUUAAAAGUGGUGACACAUCCACUGCUGAGUCUGGAUCUGAACCUGAAGAUAUUGCGUCGCCGAAAGCAACGAGGAAUUAUUCACAUUUUCGGUUAACUCCCGUUCGUGAAGAAGCUAAGGUUUUUGGGAAGGCAAGCUAUGCUGGUAGCUUUUCAGGGUAUGAUGAAUAUGUUCCCAUGGUUGACAAGGCUGUUGAUGCAGGUUGGAAGCAAGCAUCCUCUCAAAAGCCUUGUGCGUCCAGAGGGACACUUCCACUACUUGAUUCUCAAAAGCCACCUGAAGGAUUUCAGGCUCGGAUUUUGGCAAUGUUCAUGGCCUUCUUCAUGACCCUUUUCACACUUUUCCAUACAGUAGCAAGCCAUUUGACCAAGAAUCUUCCAAAAGACACUUCCUCUGACCACAACCAAAAUAUUGUCGAACUCUCUCUAGAUGCCGCACCGAAAGAAGAGUUCCGCCCGCCUUCACCAAUUCCAGGAUUUGCACAUGCCGAACUGCUCUCCUCUGUUCUGAGAAAACUGGGGGAUCUUGAAGAAAAAGUUGACACUCUUCAAGCGAAGCCGUCUAAGAUGCCUUAUGAGAAAGAGGAGCUGCUGAAUGCUGCUGUUUACCGCGUGGAUGCCCUGGAAGCGGAGUUAAUUGCUACGAAAAAGGCUCUGCAUGAGGCUUUAAUGAGGCAGGACGAUCUGCUUGCUUACAUAGACAGUCAAGCAGAAGCGAAGCUUCGGAAAAAAAAGCAUUUUUGCUGGUGAGAGAUGUUGCCUGUGAAGGAGAGAUGCUAUGCAGCGAGGAUAUAUGUUUUGGUUUCUAAAAGUGUUUUUUCUAUGCUUGCAUUCAAACACCCACCCACACACACACCAUGUUAACCUAAUAAUUGGGCAAUACGACUCUCUGUGGAAAGACUAAAUACAAUUCUCUGUGAAAAUUUGUACACGGAGUUGGUUAUACUCAACCUUUUGCAUUCUGAAUAUACAUGCUUCUGGUUUCAUUA